UCUGUUUCCGCAUUUCGCCGGGCCGGCGCGACGUCACAUCCUGCCACUUCACCGCCAAUUUACGAGGCUUUCUCUGUGGAAAAAAGCCACAUUUUUAUGUCAACGUGGCCGACAAUUAGAAAAUUAGUCGUCAGUCGUUGAACUUUGGCGGACAUUAAUUGACAGACGCGGUUGUGGCGUGAACGUUUUCGAACCUGCCGCUUUACUCUCCAUGUAAACUGCAGUGACAGUUUCAUCAGCAGCUCGCAGUCAGUCAGGGGAGGAGUCGAGCACACGCAGAGCCCACCUCUGUUCAAGUGUGUGAUAAAUGAAAGAAAAAGAGGUUAAAGAAGAUGAAUGAGGCUCAAUAGGAGACGUUACAGGGGGCAGGUACUCAUACGGGACGAGCUAAAGUGAGACUUCAGCAGCUCAAUAGAGGCAGACAGUAGAAACAGACCAUGCUGCUGAGAAGGCUGACCCUGUGCUCAAGGAGCCCGCUGGACUUCCAGAGACACGUAUGCCGGUUGCUCACCAGACCACUAACACAAGUUCCCCAGGGGAGAGCCCAUGGCAGCUCCUUUGCACACCGCAGUGAACUGCGUCAGGCCAAGAGGAUCGUUGUGAAGCUUGGCAGUGCUGUGGUCACCCGCGGAGAUGAGUGUGGUCUGGCUCUGGGGAGGCUGGCCUCCAUUGUGGAGCAGGUGGCCAUGCUGCAGAAUCAGGGCAGGGAGAUGAUGAUUGUCACCAGUGGAGCGGUGGCGUUUGGCAAGCAAAGAUUAAGACAUGAGAUUCUGCUGUCCCAGAGUGUCCGACAGGCGCUGCACUCAGGACACAACCAGCUCAAAGACAUGUCGUUGCCGGUGCUGGAGGCCCGGGCCUGUGCUGCAGCUGGACAGAGUGGCCUGAUGGCCCUGUACGAGGCCAUGUUCACCCAAUACAGCACUUGCACUGCUCAGGUCCUGGUGACGAAUCUGGAUUUCCAUGAUGACGAAAAGAGGCAGAACCUUAACAGCACGCUGCAGGAGCUGCUGCGCAUGAACAUCGUGCCCAUCAUCAACACCAAUGACGCCGUGGUUCCACCGCCGGAGCCCAACAGUGACCUGCAGGGGGUAAAUGUGAUCAGCAUUAAGGACAACGACAGUCUGGCGGCACGGCUAGCUGUGGAGAUGAAGGCUGACCUGCUCAUCGCGCUGUCUGACGUGGAAGGACUGUACGACAGCCCUCCUGGCACGGACGACGCCAAGUUUAUUGACAUCUUCUACCCUGGAGACCAGCAGUCCAUCACCUAUGGCACCAAGUCCAGAGUUGGGAUUGGAGGCAUGGAGGCUAAAGUCAAGGCCGCCCUCUGGGCCCUGCAAGGUGGCACCUCUGUGGUAAUUGCAAAUGGCACCCACCCCAAAGUAACAGGUCAUGUCAUCACUGACAUUGUGGAGGGCAAGAAAGUGGGAACCUUCUUCUCUGAGAUCAAACCUGCCGGCCCCACUGUGGAGCAGCAGACAGAAAUGGCUCGUAACAUUGGAAGAACGCUGGCAUCUCUGCACCCAGACCAGAGAAGCGAGAUCAUCUGCCAUCUAGCAGAGCUGUUGACUGAGAGGAAGGAGGAGAUUCUGGCUGCCAACAAGAUGGACAUGGACCAGGCUGCAAAUGCAGGCCUGUUGCCUCCAGCCAUGUUAAAGCGUCUGAGCUUGUCACCGGCCAAACUCAACAGCUUGGCCAUAGGUCUGCGGCAGAUCGCUGUGGCCGCCCAGGACAGUGUGGGUCGUGUGCUGCAAAGGACCAGGGUGGCUCACAACCUGGAGCUGGAGCAGAUCACUGUUCCCAUCGGAGUUCUUCUGGUCAUCUUUGAGGCUCGACCUGACUGCCUGCCACAGGUGUCAGCAUUGGCCAUAGCCAGUGGCAACGCCCUCCUGUUGAAAGGAGGCAAGGAGGCAGCCAACACCAACCGUGUCCUCCACCAGCUCACCCAGGAAGCCCUUUCCAUGCAUGGAGUCAAAGAGGCAGUGCAGCUGGUGAGCACUCGUGAGGAGGUGGAGGAUCUGUGCCGACUGGACAAGAUGAUCGACUUGAUCAUCCCUCGAGGUUCAUCCCAGCUGGUGCGGGACAUUCAGCGGGCGGCUAAGGGCAUCCCAGUGCUCGGACACAGUGAAGGAAUCUGCCACGUCUACGUCGAUACAGAAGCCAGUGUUGACAAAGUCAUCAAAAUUGUCAGAGACUCCAAGUGUGACUACCCAGCUGCAUGUAAUGCCAUGGAGACUCUACUGAUCCACAGGGACAUCCUCAGGACCCCAGUGUUUGACCAGAUCAUUGACAUGCUGCGUACAGAGAAGGUGAAAAUUCAUGCUGGCCCUCGGUUCGCCUCCUAUCUGACAUUCAGCCCAUCAGAGGCGAAGUCCCUGCGGACGGAGUACGGUGACCUGGAGUGCUGCAUGGAGGUGGUGGACAGCAUGGAAGAGGCUGUGGAACAUAUUCACAAGUAUGGCAGCUCCCACACGGACGUGAUCGUCACAGAAAAUGAGGACACAGCGGAGCAGUUCCUGCAGCAGCUGGAUAGCGCCUGCGUUUUCUGGAACGCAAGCUCACGUUUUGCUGAUGGCUACCGCUUUGGACUGGGAGCAGAGGUAGGUAUAAGCACGGCUCGCAUCCAUGCCCGGGGCCCUGUCGGCCUGGAGGGGCUGCUCACCACCAAGUGGGUCCUGAGAGGCGAUGGGCACACAGCAGCCGACUUCUCUGAGCAGGGUACCAUGAAGUACCUCCAUGAAAACCUUCCUGUCACGCAGCCUCUAGCAGGGCAGAGGGACAGUAACUAGAUCAGAGACAUUCACAACAGUUGUUUGGCCUUUACGUCAAUUGAAUGGUUGAAUUAUCCACCAGGAGGAUCAGUCUUUGGGGGGGUCUUGUUGCAGAUGAUGGCUGAUGCCACUGAUUUUAAAAGCACAUGGCAUGGAGAGAGACGCUCAGCACACAAAAGGUUUUUUUGUAUUAAGCGUUUACAAAUGUUAUUAAUUCUACCUCAGGUUAAGGUACUUUCAGAUAAGUAAGGAAAGUCGCCCUAGGGCUGGGUGAUAUAGCCUUAAAAUAACAUUGCAAUAACAUUGACUUAUCUUGAAUCUCCUCAAAAGCACUUCAGGUACAAAAUCAAAUAUUACAAUAUUUAUGACCAAAUACCUCAGUGUUGUCACGAUGACUAUUGGAAGUUUCACACAGUAUUAACGCAAUACAAUUCUUCAUUAAAAAAUAACUGUCACUGUAUCGACUGAUUUAACCCCGAGUUGCUCCUCCCAACAACUUUGUCAUCCAGACUCGUUUCUUCCGCUUUUGUUUUUUCUCCCUGCAAAGUAUCAACGUUACGACAACAUGUUGUCUCCAUUUGUUUACCUUUUGAGAUCAUGUGAGAGAGAUCACGUGAGGUGCUCUACGAUAAUCUUCAUAAUAUCCCGUAGUGUGUGAUGCACCAUUACUUUCAGAUCUUUGGAAGUGUGUGCAGGUACGAGAUGAGAGGGAAGAUGAACAUAUGUGAAGAAGAUUCUCCUUAUGUGUGUGAUGCAACCCGAUCUCACAGUCGGUCAGGACAUUAGAACAAGUAGAGCAGUCUGGUAAGUUCAGGGUAUGACAUCACUUUACUAUGAUGCAGCCUUUAAAACAAGGAAAAGACAACACUUAUGUCAUGAUAUAAUGUAUUUCCUGAUGUUCCUUUAUGAUGUGGUGAUCACAGCACAUAGUACCUCCACAAUAACACAUAAACUGAGGGAAACUGUGAGCAAGAAGGGAGUUAAUUAGGAUUGCCUUCUUUUUAAAGAAGAAAAUACAGUUUUAUAACAAAGGAAACCGAAGUGCGUAUAUUUUUUUGUUCUCUUGAGGAGGCAAUUUCAGGAUAAAAUGGUGAGACUGACACUAAUUCACACAGAAGCAUUAUUUCAUUUCAUCAUAUAAUGUGCAUGAGACAGACAUCAGCACCAAACUGUGCUUAUGUCACUAAUUGUAUUGUGUAAAGCUGCCCAAUGUGGCCAAUUAAAAACCCAGUUUUCUAUCUUUAUCUGAAACAUAUUUUAUUUAUUCAGUUCCGUAUAUCAUCGACUAUUCUCUAAGAAAAUCAAGUUAUAACUACAAAUUAUGUAACUGGAGGCCCAAUUUGUGUCUUAGCUGAUUGGAUUGACUGAUUACCAACAAGGUUUCGUACUGACUGUACUGUAAGUGCUUUUAUUGUUCAUGUAAGCUACGUUUCUUUUCUUUUCUUGCUGUAACUCCAACUUUUUUGUAUAUUUUUGAAUGUACAGUUAGUGUGACGAGAUGAGGUGCUGGUGAAGGUAAUUGUUAAUGUGGACUAUAGAUUAAGACAACCACCACGAGUCAAACCAAAUCCUUGCAUUCCAAGCAUUAAAACUUGAUUACAUGAUUAAAAAUGUGCACCCCGAUAAACAUUUCUACAACAGUCCCAGAAAGUCACCGGUUUUGUUUUACAGCAAUAUAAGUUAACAUACACUCCAAACUUGUAUUCAUCCGUUUUUAUUUACCAUAUUUUAUUUAUUUGAUCAUUGUUACCAGUUGUGCUCAUUUUUCCAUGCUUUGCCGCUUUUCUGCUCGUUCCUCAUGGCGCCCAGAGCCCCUGUCAGAGCAGGAACAGUAAUUGACAAGCUGCCUCCUUCAAGCUGGAGGGGAGAACGCGACUGCUUUUAAAUUAAGCUCUGUAACAUUCCAGCCUCUGAGCUCCUAUCUGAUGUCUUGCAACGCACACUUAAGGAGUGGUUUGGGUUGUUUAAUAGCAGAAUGUAGAAUAAAAAAAGGUUGAAAAAGAAUA